AUAACAUUUUAAUUCAGAUUGCAGCACAUUAAUUUUGCUUUUAAAUUUUAAAUUUAUCAUAAAAUUAUACACAUAUAGGCAUUUAUAAAUUACACAAUGUUGAUCAAAGUUAAAACUCUAACUGGAAAAGAGAUAGAAAUUGAUAUAGAACCCACUGAUAGAGUGGAAAGAAUCAAAGAAAGAGUUGAAGAAAAAGAGGGUAUUCCACCUCAGCAACAAAGAUUGAUUUUUUCUGGGAAACAAAUGAACGAUGAAAAGACUGCCCAAGAUUACAAAGUUCAAGGAGGAUCUGUGUUACAUUUGGUAUUAGCAUUAAGAGGAGGUAUUUUUCUACCUGUUUGAUAAUGUACAAAAACAAUGAUUAUUCUGAUUUCAAACAUUUUUUUCAACUAUUUUAUUUAUUUCUAUUUAUAUGUAACUAAAUUCAA